UAUACGAUAAUGUAUUCAGAAAUACUUUUCCGUGCAUGCUAUAAGUAUGGAACACCUUCAAUCCAAUGUACUGAAAUUACACAAGCUUGAAUAUUAUGAAUUAUUUUGAAUUCUACUGUUUCCUCUGUCUAUUGGUAUCGCAUUAUAUAAAAGCCCGAAGUGGAUAAAUAAAACUCUCUCUUAUCAUACAACUCUACAUCUGUGUACAUCAUUUAUUGGAAGAAGUCAGUGAUUUCGACAAGUUCGCCUCGCUCGCUCUCGGAGGAUAGAGAAAAUAAGUUUAUCUAAGUCUACAACAGUGGUGCCGAAACCCGGGAAUCGUCUCGCCGGAUAACUAUCGGGUCAAAAGUGUGUCGCAGCAGUACAAUUCGAAUGUGUCUGAGCCCCCUUUGGCUGACUCGAAGCAAUUGAUCGACGAAUUCUACAUCAAGAACACGUGACCAGCCGUCGUCACCUCCGAAAGCGUGAAGUUGCCUCAACUUCUCUUAUUCAUCUCGUUCAUCGAAAAACCGACUCAGUUACCAGGUACGUCACAUUUAUCUCGUUGAUUGUCCGAGAUCAUGCCAACACCUGCAAUGAGAAAAACUCGCACUAGUGUAGUGAAUCGGUUAAAAAUUUUACACAGACGUAGGUCGAACAUUCUCGGCUCCGCGCAGCUUAUAAAAACUUUUAAUGAUGAAUACCAUGAAGGCAUGGUUCAUCAAAUACAGGUUAGAAUAGAUCUACUCGAUGAUCUAUGGAAAAGAUUUUGUGAAAUACAGGAUGAAAUCGAAAUAUAUGAGGAAUCUGAAGAUUCUGAGGACCUUUCAGAACAACGUGUGUCAUUCCAGAACAUUUAUGUUGAUCUCAAAUCCUCUCUAAUCACAAAAUUGCCUCGUGAUAAUCUCGUUUCAACUUCUCGAGUACCGACAGGUCAGGUACAGCCACAAAUCACACAAGCAAUUCGUCUUCCGGAGAUUAGAGUCCCAGAAUUCGAUGGGAAUCCGGAAAAGUGGAUUGAGUUCCGAGAUCUUUUCAAGUCGCUUGUUCACGCCAAUGGGCAGCUAACUUCCGUUCAAAAAAUGCAUUAUUUGAAGGCUGCAUUGAAGGGUGAAGCACAUCAAAUAAUUUCGUCAAUUCUCGUAUCCACCGAAAAUUAUCAAAUUGCGUUGAAAGCUAUCGAAGAAAGGUAUGAUAAUCCUAACCUAUUGAUUAAGCGUCAUAUUUCUGCAUUGUUCUCUAUUCCUACAUUGAAACGCGAAUCUGCUUCAGGGCUAUCCGAAUUGCUCGAUCAAUUUGAUCGCCAUGUUAGUGUGCUGAACCAAUUGGAGGGUCCAGAUCGUCACUGGAAUUCGGUCCUCGUGGAGAGUCUAAGUCGUCGUUUAGACUCAGUGACAUUAAGGGAAUGGGAAAAACAGUGCAAAGAUAAUGAGCGACCAACGUAUGAACAAUUAGUGAACUUCGUCAGAAAACAAGCUCGUAUGUUACUAUCGGUGAAACUAUCCCAAAAUGCAAGUGUAUUUAGCAAUGAUGAGAAGCGACCAACCAAAACGGGUUCGACAUUGGUCGCCACCGAACCUUCGAUUAGAUGCCCUCAGUGUGGUUAUCACAUGGCUAAAAAUUGUAACUCGGCUAAUUGUGGAGUGUGUGGAAAUCGGCAUCACACACUAUUACAUCUGCCGACAGCAGAUAGUUUGGAUCGUUCUCAAACUAACUCGAGAGUAUCGCACUCAUUUAUCGCUAAUGAACAAUCGGUAGAAAGUGAAGAACAAUUAUAUCCUAAUCAGUACAAUACGCAAUCGUAUAAUACAUCACCGUCGGGUUCAAAAUCUACGCAUAUGCCAGUGGUUCAUACCCUCGCGACUCUCUCGUCGACUACAUCUACCACAGUGAGUUCAUUAUCUGCACACUCUGAAGAAAAUAAGCCAGAGUCAACUUUAACACAGAUGUAUCCGUCGCGUAAUAUCGGGUGUGAAGUGUUUCUAGCAACAGCCUUGAUCAAGGUGAAAGAUUUGUUCGAUCGUAAUCACUUCGUGCGUAUCGUGUUGGACAGUUGUUCGCAGUGUAAUUUCGUUUCGGAGUCCCUAGUUAUGAAACUUGGACUCAAGCGUAGUAAAACAAACGUGGAUGUGAUCGGUGUCGGCACGGGAAAAGUACAUAUCACGGAAACAGUUAUGCUUAAUAUAAAGUCUCGAGUAAGCAAAUUUGAAGCUGCAGUGUCAUGUCUGGUUAUCCCGAAAAUACCGGCGAUUUUGCCCAGUAAAAACAUCAACAUUUCGAAAUGGAAUAUACCGUCGAAUGUAGUGCUCGCUGAUCCUCGUUUUAACAUUAGUGCGGGAGUUGAUGUUCUCGUCGGCGCGGAAUUAUUCUUUUCGUUGCUAGAAUCUAGCCGAAUUUCGUUUGCUCAAGGUUAUCCUCUAUUACAGAGUACCGUAUUCGGAUUCGUGGUGUCGGGAAUGUAUUCAUCUGCUGCAAAUCAAUCGCCGAUUUGCAUUAUUAGUACCGCCAAUAGUCUAGAAACAAUGCUCCAAAGGUUUUGUUGGGAAAUUGAAAAUUUCGACGUCGGUAGAGCGUUAACUUUAGACGAGCAACGGUGUGAAGAUCAUUUUAGAAGAACUGUGUCGCGGGAACCUGAUGGAAGAUACGUGGUUCGACUACCGCUACGCGAAGACCGGUUACCCUAUCUUGGAGACGCGUAUCAGCUGGCUCAGCGCCGGUUCCUAUCAACUGAACGGCGUUUCAGGACGGACUCGAACCUCCGUGACAGCUAUCAUCAAUUCAUGGAUGAGUACGCAAGAUUGGGGCACAUGCAGCGCACUACGCAUACAGUUACAUAUGGCACAACGUGUGCUCCUUUCCAAGCUACGCGAGUUUUGAUGCAAUUGGCAGAUGAUGAAGAGUCGCGGUUUCCGUUAGGUGCAAAAAUAAUUAGGAAAAACACUUAUGUUGACGAUACAUUGGCUGGUGGUGACAAUUUGAACGACGUUGUCAAUGCUGCAGCGCAGUUAAGGCUGCUAUUAGCCGCCGGCGGUUUCAGUCUUCGGAAAUGGUGUGCUAAUGACGCGAAGGUUUUACGGGAAAUACCCCCUGACCUAAUUGAGAUGCCGAGUGAGAUUGAAAUAGAUAGGUCGUCGUCAGUGAAAACUCUAGGGUUGCUCUGGAAUCCUCACAUCGAUCAAUUUGCUUUCAAAAUUCCAGAUUUAUCCAGCACAGAUACGAUCUCUAAACGCGUUGUUGUAUCGGAAAUGGCCCAAUUAUUCGACCCCAUGGGCCUAGUCGGAUCGGUAGUUGCAGCAGCUAAAAUCUUCGUACAGCGUUUAUGGAUAGGUCAGCAUACGUGGGAUGAACCACUCCCGGAUGAGUUGAAAGACUGGUGGCAAGAUUAUCGCGAACAACUGCCGCUACUGCACCAGUUGAGAGUGCCUCGACGUGUAAUCACUAAAUUUUCUGGAUCUGUGGUAUUUUGA